AUGGCUGCCUCAGUGUUUAGCCUACUUCUGUUUGUGCAAUUAUCAAGACUUUUUGCCUCCGGGAUCGAAGUGAAGUCGACGAUUUGCGGGACUGAUCACAUAGCAUAUUCGAAUUCGGACAGCCAUGAAGUGUUUUAUUUGAACGACAUUCCAGUAGAUAGGGUUUUGUUCUGUAAGGUCCUGCAGUUGCACUAUGAAGAUCACUCUGUGUUGGAAGGCUAUACCGGCGCUGAUUCUGGUUUUGGCGUUUCCUUAGCUGAUUUUUCGACCGGAAGAGGACGGAAGUUAUUGCACGAGCCAAAGAAAGACGAGAUACCCGACGAUAACCCGGAAGGGAACAAUAAUCGAAAACUUCCGGUCUCGACCAAAGUAGGGAUGGCAGCAGCUUCUGGAGUACUUCUAACCUGUGUUUUAAUCUGCCCCUGUCUUUACAGGAAAAAGAAAGCAACUGACCAAAAUGUUCUUUCCAAGGAUGUAAAUACAAUUGAUUUGGCUGGCCCUUCGGAAAUGAGUGCUCGUUCCCUUCACGAGAAGGUUCCGGCCAGCCCACUUUGGGUACCGCCUACUCCUUCAAGAUUCUCGACGUCUCAGUCCCCUCAGCUCAACAGAAUUGGGUCAGUGCAUCUCAGUAUGACACAGGUGACCAAAGCUACUCAUAAUUUUUCACCUGCACUAAAGAUAGGUGAAGGAGGGUUCGGAGCUGUUUACAAGGCCCAGCUAGAUUCUGGCCAGGUGGUUGCGAUUAAACGAGCAAAAAAGGAACAUUUUGAGAAUCUGGAAACAAAGUUCAGCAGUGAAGUAGAACUUCUAUCCAAGAUCGAUCAUAGGAACCUUGUGAAGCUACUUGGUUACAUCGAUAAAGGAAACGAACGGCUUAUCAUUACGGAGUAUGCACCAAAUGGUACUCUAAAAGAUCAUUUGGAUGGUCAGCUUGGAAAAAUCCUUAAUUUCAAUCAGCGUCUUGAAAUUGCCAUUGAUGUUGCUCAUGGCCUUACGUACCUCCAUCUCUAUGCAGAGAAGCAAAUUAUUCAUCGGGAUGUGAAGUCAUCCAACAUUCUUCUGACAGAAAGCAUGAGAGCUAAAGUGGCUGAUUUUGGGUUCGCAAUAGUUGGCCCGAUGGACUCGGAUCGAACUCAUAUUUCAACCAAAGUGAAGGGAACAGUUGGUUACCUUGAUCCCGAGUACAUGAGAACCUAUCAACUCACAACCAAGAGUGAUGUGUACUCUUUCGGGGUUUUACUUGUGGAAAUUCUGACCGGCCGCCGUCCCGUGGAACUAAGGAGACCGGUUGAAGAGCGUGUGACGCCUAAAUGGGCAUUCCAGAAGUAUAAUGAAGGACAAGUAGUGGAGCUGGUGGAUCCAAAGAUGGAAGAAGUUGUAGAUGCAGAAAUAUUAAGGAAGAUGUUUGCCUUGGCAUUUCAAUGCGCAGCACCCAUUAGAAAUGACCGUCCGGAGAUGAAAUCCGUGGGAGAACAGUUAUGGGCGAUUAGAGCCGACUACGUUAAAACUUCGAGGCGAGGGUGA